AUGAAGACGAAAAAAGGCAGUCAAAUGAAUAACAAUAGAUGUUAUUGCUGCGAAGCACGUCUCACUGGUCAACGCAUACAAUUUGCGAUACGCAGUUUACCUUUUCGAAACACUCAAAGUCAUAAUAAACCAUGUCUCACCUGUCGGAACUUAUUGUCUAAACAAAUCGAACAAAUCCGCCGUAGUAAGACAAAAUCCAAUUGA